AUGGCGAAGCUCUCAGGGUUGCAAAAGCAAGUGCUCAGUCUCUACAGAGCAUUUCUCCGAGCUGCUCGUACCAAAUCGGUUGAGGAUCGACAGCAAAUGGAAUCGAUUGUCGCGGCCGAGUUUCGCCGCAACGCCAAGCAAAUUGAUCGGAAAAAUUUCAUCUACAUUGAGUACCUUCUCCGUCGAGGUAACAAACAGUUGGAUCAACUUAAAAGUCCUGCCACAGUUCGAUUGUCUACGCUCGAUCCCAAUCCCGAGCCUUGAAAUUGGGUGUACAUUUCUUCGAUUAUUGGGUAUUACUCUUCUUGGUAGGAUCAAUUUUGAACCCUAGAAAUUAAACUGCUUUCUUUCUUUCCUUUUGAUGAUUAUUUGUAAUCUUAGGCAUGAAUGCAGUUUAGUAGUGGGAAGUGGUUGUAAAUUGAGCAAAUGUAUCAACACCAAUUUGGAAACUCUGUCGGUUUUAUUCACAAAUUAUUUGAUUAUGGGAGUAUUCCAUACCACUUACUUAAUCAAUUGCAUUCACAACAAUUAUUCAAUUGAAACGAGUAAUGUCAUGAUAGCUCAAAUAGAGAAAUGUCAAACUAUUUAUAACAAAAUAGCAAAAUAAAAAUAAAACACUCACAGACUUCUAUCAACCUUUCAACCUGAAAAGUUUCAAGUUUAGCAGUGUAAUACCUUGUGAGCUAAACUCUUGUUCUGACCUUUUGAACAUAUACAAAGUGAUUAUGGCAUUUGAUUGGUGUGACUUUGAAAGGGAAUUUUGCAACCUAUAACAAAGGGUGGUGAAAGAUAUUUGUGAGCUGCUUAAAGUGUUUGUAACUUAGUCUCUCUUAUUCUGCCUCCAAAUUCAACACAGGCCUUCCUAAAAUCGGCUGCUUUAAGUGGACUGUCAUUUAAAAAAUUGGGAUAUUUGAAGGAGUUCAAAGACAAACGGACCGAAAGGAAACCAUAUAGAUUCUACUUGACACAACUCAACUUUAUAAGUGUUACAUUAGUUCUUUGUCAAGCAGAUCCAUUGCUUAAUGGUGGAUCCAGAGAAUCCGUGCUCGUAAGAAAGUGGUGAGAGAUCAUGAAGAUGAAAAUGAAGUGUCUUGGAGUGAUUAUUUUUGUUCGAAUCAUUUGCCCUUUCUAGCUCCUUGUUUUUUAGGUGGAGGUUAAAAAGUUCGGUUAUAGUUUGUGGUCUUACACUUACCCAAUGUGCAUGCGCAUUCUUGUUUUUAUCGAACGUUUUAUUAUCUAAUGAAUGCUUCUGUGAUGUAUUAAACAUUGUGUAUUGUGUUUGUAUUAUUUUUAAUCCUAAAAUUAGAAUUACUUUACCACUAUGAAUUAUGUUAGUUGAGUUAAUUAUGUUCGAGUUGACUGUUUAUAACAUCUAAUUUCUCUCCUUCGAUUGUCAACAAAAAGGCCCAAUUAGGCCCAUUGGACUGACAAAAGCCCAUACAAGAUCUAAGCUAAAGAACAUUUAUUUGGGGGAUAUGGAGAAUAACUUUAGCAAUUAGCAUUUCCUUUCCCCCAUAUAAAUUAUACUUCAAGACCGCGAAAAGUCUACAUCUUCGCCUAAUCGCUAUCACAUCCUUUCUUCUUUCACUCUCAUCUCAUCUGAACCCUAGCUUCGAUCUUCCUCGUCGACGAGGGCUUUUGGACCAACACUUCUUCCUUACCCGCCUUUCUUGUUGUUCAGCUCUCUACUGGCCGCAAAAUUUAGGACAUGAAAGCCAUGAAAGAACAGGAAGAUGGAUUUGGAUCUGCAGAUAGGUAUGGUGAGGAUAAAGUAGAGCAACUGGUUCAAAUCAAGACCUUGUUUUUUGCUAGAGCUCGAGAUCUGACAGGUACGAAUGAUGUUUUAUUGGAGAUCCCUUUAGGUAGUACUACAAAGGAUUGUCUGGACAAGAUUGUAGGCAAAUUUCCAAGGCUAGAGGAGAUCCUUGGAUGUGUGGUUCUGGCUCUGAAUGAGGAUUAUACAACUGAGUCAACAGUUGUUAAAGAUGGAGAUGAGUUGGCAAUUAUCCCUCCCAUAAGUGGUGGCUGACCUUUCUUCUGCUACUAUUUUAUACUGAUAUGUAUAUAUAUAUAUACAUAUAUUUGGUGCCAUUUCCAAAUGUGGACUUCGUAAACCAAUAGGAACAUUGAGCUCCUUCCCCAACUGUGUAGAAAAUUAAACUUGCUCUCCUACCUUUUCUAAUGUCUUAGUAAAGCUUUGCUUGUUCAUCCAUGGCUAUGGAAUUUUCAGCCACAGGCCUCUGUCAAAGUAUUCCCUACACUCGCUCUCCGCUCCUCUUUUCCAUUCGCAAGGCUCGAGUUCAAAGCUGUGUAGCCAUUGAGUUUGCUGCUGAAUCGGGAAUCCUCUGCAAGGAGGAAGAUAAGGAUUGUAUUUCAUUUACAUUGCUUAGAAAAGAAAUAAAGAAGUGAUAGUUUAGUUCAAA